AUGCCCAGCUGGAAAGUGGCCUUCGGCAUCUUUUUGUCGCUCACAUGCAUCAUCCUGAUCGAGAAGAUCUUUGGCAUCCAUAUCAAUAUCCUCAACAAGGGAACCGCCAUGGCCACCUUCCCCGGAUGGGCCCAGAUUCUUGGACCCGGCGAAACCCAAGCGGCCCUUCUGCAUCGGUGGAUUGAAGCACACCGGAAUCUGGGUCCUGUGCAAGCCCCAACUCAGCCCCCCGCGACCGCAACGCCAACCACGGCACAGAACACUCAGCACCUGGGGAAAGGUUCCUGCAAGUCGAAGCAACUGGGGGACGCAUGA